GCAGGCGCGCAUCAUUCGUCAGAAUAAAGGAAACGUCAGAAUUGUGCAGUCGAAACGACAACUUCUGUGUCCUUUUCAAAUAUAUUACUACUGGUAUGUAAUAGCACGUUCUAAUAUCGGAAGAACAUGUCAUAACAUGCUAGGUAACAAAUACGUCAAGGUAUUAUCACAUUUGGUGAAGGAUUUAUGUGCUAUUUUGGCGUCAAAACAGCGUAUGAGGCCGGUAACAUCAACAGUGAGGACAAACCCAGCCUGCCUCUCUCCUUCCACACUGAGUCCAAACCUACAGUCACUGGGUCCUGAUUGUGACAGUGGAGCCCAGUUUGCACCGCAGGAUCCAGAGAUGGCAUCAGUGAAGCUGGAAGACUGCAGUCAAACACUGGAGCUGAAUGUCAACAUUAAAGAUGAAGAAGAGGAGGAGAAGAUUGGGAAUUCUGUUUCUCAUGGACGACUAGAAUUAAGUCUGAGGCCGGUAACAUCAACAGUGAGGACAAACCCAGCCUGCCUCUCUCCUUCCACACUGAGUCCAAACCUACAGUCACUGGGUCCUGAUUGUGACAGUGGAGCCCAGUUUGCACUGCAGGAUCCAGAGAUGGCAUCAGUGAAGCUGGAAGACUGCAGUCAAACACUGGAGCUGAAUGUCAUCAUUAAAGAUGAAGAAGAGGAGGAGAAGAUUGGGAAAUCUGUUAAUCAUGGAGACCAUGUUAAGAAAUGUUCUAUAUCCAUAGAGCAACAGCAGGAAGAUCACAGAGCUAAGAGUUCUCACCACUGCCCACAUUGUGAGGAGAUUUUCCCAUUUCUAUCAAAGCUAAAAAUACACCUAAAAAUACACACAGGAGAGAAUCUGUAUUCCUGUACUGACUGUGGGAAGGAUUUCACAAAAUUAAAGGUUCUGAUAGUUCAUCAGAGAGUGCAUGAACGGAUACAUACAGGAUUGAAGCCUUACUUCUGCUCUGACUGUGGAAAGAGUUUCUCUCGACUGGGCACCUUAAAAAGACAUGAACAUAUACAUACAGGAGAGAAGCCUUACUCCUGCUCUGACUGUGGGGCAAGUUUCUCUCGACUGGGCCACCUAAAAACACAUGAAGGUAUACAUACAGGAGAGAAGCCUUACUCCUGCUCUGACUGUGGAAAGAGUUUCUCUAGACUGGGCCACCUAAAAACACAUGAACGUAUACAUACAGGAGAGAAGCCUUACUCCUGCUCUGACUGUGGGAAGAGUUUCUCUCUACUGAGCAACUUAAAAGCACAUGAACGUAUGCAUACAGGAGUGAAGCCUUACUCUUGCUCUGACUGUGGAAAGAGUUUCUCUCGACUGGGCCACCUAAAAACACAUGAACGUAUACAUACAGGAGAGAAGCCUUACUUCUGCUCUGACUGUUUAAAAUGCUUCACAACAUCAAAUGACCUAAACGUUCAUCAGAGAACACACACAGGAGAGAAGCCUUACUCCUGCUCUGAUUGUGUAAAAUGCUUCACAACAUACUCUGGUCUUGAAAGUCAUCAGAGAACACACACAGGAGAGAAGCCUUACUUCUGCUCUAAUUGUGUAAAAUGCUUCACAUCAUCAACUAACCUAAAAAUUCAUCAGAGAACACACACAGGAGAGAAGCCUUACUCCUGCUCUGACUGUGGAAAGAGUUUCUCCCGACUGGGCAACUUAAAAAGACAUGAACGUAUACAUACAGGAGAGAAGCCUUACGUCUGCUCUGACUUUGUAAAAUGAUUCACAACAUCAACUGAGCUAAAAGGAAAUCAGAGAACACACACAGGAGAGAAGCCUUACUCCUGCUCUUGACUGUGGAAAAUGCUUUACAACGUCAACUGAGCUAAGAGUUCAUCAGAGCACAAACACAGGAGAGAAGCCUUACUGUUGCUCUGACUGUGCGAAGAGUUUCUCCCGAUUGGCCACCUUAACUGUGGGAAGAGUCUCUCCCAACAGAUCCACUUAAAAUGUCACCAGCGAAUACACACAGAAGAGAAGCCUUACUCCUGCUCUGACUGUGCAAAGAGUUUCUCCCGAUUGGCCACCUUAAAAACACAUCAAUGUAUACAUACAGGUGAGAAGCCUCAUCAGUUGUCUCAGACCAGCCAUGAUUAGUCACUACAUCACCUCAUUCUCAUCUCAUAAAGGAAGUGGGAACAGUAAAUUUGAUAACGUUAACACUCUAUUGUAAUCAUAUUUUUGUUCUCACUGUGUUAACUGUGCAGAGGAAAGGGAGCAUUAUAGAAUGCCAUUGAAAAUGAUCAUUCUCCAUCUUUUUUACUACAAAACAUAGAAACGCAUCAAUAUGUACUUUAUCAUUUUAGCUAAUAAGCAACAACAUUGCAUGACCAAAAGUAUGUGGACUCCUGCUCGUCGAACAUCUCAUUCCAAAAUCAUGGACAUUAAAAUGGACUCGGUCCCCCCUUUGCUGAAAUAACAGCCUCCACUCUUCUGGGAAGGCUUUCCACUAGAUGUUGGAACAUUGCUGUGGGGACUUUCUUUCAUUCAGUCACAAGUGAUGUUGGGCGAUUAGGCCUGGCUCGAAGUUGUCAUUCCAAUUCAUCCCAAAGUUGUUAAAUGGGGUUCAGGUCAGGGCUCUGUGCAGGCCAGUCAAGUUAUUCCACACUAAUCUCGAUAAACCAUUUCUGUAUGGACCUCGCUUUGUGUAUAGGAGCAUUGUCAUGCUGAAACAGGAAAGGGUCUUCAUCAAACUGUUGCCACAAAGUUGGCAGCACAGAAUCAUCUAGAAUGUCAUUGUAUGCUGCAGCAUUAAGAUUUCCCUUCACUGUAACUAAAGGGCCCGAACCAUGAAAACGUUACAGCUGGCACUUUGCAUUGGGACAGGUAGCAUUCUUCUGGCAUCUGCCAAACCCAGAUUUGUCCAUCAGACUUCCAGAUGAUAAGGCGUGAUUCAUAACUCCAGAGAACGUGUUUCCACUGCUUCAGAGUCCAAUGGCGGUGAGCUUUACACCACUCCAGCUGACGCUUGGCAUUGCGCAUGGUGAUCUUAGGCUUGUUUGCGGCUGCUCGGCCAUAGAAACCCAUUUUUUGUGAAGCUCCUGACGAACAGUUCUUGUGUUGACGUUGCUUCCAGAGGCAGUUCGGAACUCAGUAGUGAUUGUUGCAACCGAGGACAGACAAUUCUUACACGCUUCAGCACUUGGCGGUCCCGUUCUGUACGCUUGUGUGACCUACCACUUCGCUCCUAGACGUUUCCACUUCACAAUAGCAACACUUAUAGUUGACUGGGGCAGGUCUAGCAGGGCAGAUAUUUGACAAACUGAGUUGUUUGAAAGGUGGCAUCCCAUGACGAUGCCACUUUGAAAGUCGUUGUGCUCUUCAGGCCAUUCUACUGCCAAUGUUCGUCUAUGGAGAUUGCAUGGCUGUGUGCUCGAUUUUAUUCGCCUGUCAGUAACGGGUGUGGCUGAAAUAGCCGACUCUAUAUACUAUAUACCGGUUUCUAUAUACUUUUCUGUUUAUAUGUGUACUAAUAAGCAUGUUAGAUUAGGAUGCAACUACUUAGCAUGUUAACGUUAGCAACAACAAAUUGGAAUAAGUCAAAUAUACGUAACAUAUUGUACGAAUUGUAAUUCGUAACAUACUAUACGUCAUACAAAUCUUAUUAUAUUGUACGACUCAUUUUACAUUUGUAGGCCAAUGUAAUGUAACAAAGCAUACUGUAUCAUACUAAAGUGUGUGGUAUGGCUUUUUGUUACAUAUAAUUCAUUUUGCUCUGACAACAAGUUGUCCCUCUGCAGUUUUCUGUGGGAAUGAGUUAGUAGAUACAACAUGUAUCAGAUAGAGAUGAUGUGAUGAUCAGUUUUCACCAUUAGUUUGGGUGGAUUAUUUUUAACUACAUAACGACUUUUGUUUAAUGAUAUGCAGGCUCUGAAAUGACUACAAGUGUUUAUUAAAUUGCCUUAGAAAAUUAGAUUGAUUAUUUUAGUCACUGGUUAAUGUAUUUGGAUAACUGCAAUGAACUUAAUUGAUCUUCCUAUGAAAAAUAAACAUUCUACAUGAA